UGCUACGAUACCAUUGUUAUGCACCUUGCGAGUUUGUGUACCUUAUUAUACGCAGGGCCCCUAAAUAAACCCUCUUACUUGGACGGUUUGGCCAAAGGCAUUUCUACAGUGAUCUAAUCAUGGACAGCAACUCUAAGGCUAAUGUCUUGGCUGAGGAUUUCAACGUUUAUUUUAAGGACAAUCUUCAAAAUCAGCUUUUCCAGAAACAGAGUGAAAAGUUCUUGGCUCCUGCAACCCGUCUGCUGAAGAAGAAACAGGAGGAACAUGACGUCAAUAAAGCUUUGCGGGCUGUUAAAUAUGACUUUAAUAACACUGUGGUCAACCAGCGUCUGAGAAAGGAAGAGAUCAGAGGCAAGGAAAAAGAUAUCAAGACUCAUUUAGCGAAAUUUGAUCAGUUUCUAAAGGAGAAUGAGAUGAAGCGGGUUCGGGCCAAGAAGAAGGCGGAGCGCGAGCGCAAGCUGACCCAGCAGAAAUCCGCCGAGCUGAGGACCCUCGAGGGCGAGCUCCUUGCCCUCACGCAGGAGAGAGAGAGGCUGGCCAGUCUGGCCGAGAAAAAUGAGAUCUACCCAGACUAUCUGCUUAGAGUAGUGAAGCUGUGUAAGCAGUUUGAGGAGCCUCGGCAGGUGAUGGCGCGCUUCGACACGCUGGUUCAGACUCGCGAGGACCUGCUGCAGAGCUCAAGGGUGGGCGAGGCUUUGGUCAACAAUGCCCUGGCCCAGCUUGCGCAGUACAUAGAGCACACCAACGACAGGAUCAUCCACUACAACAACCAGCUGGCCAAGCUGCAAACCGAGCUUGAUACCAUCAGCAGCCAGGCCAUGCUGUGGGACUCGAGAUGGGCGCACAUCCAAAACACAGCUGCCAAGAAGACCUUGCUGUUGGGCACCGUAAAGAUUGCCACUCUGAACCUCUUCGUGGCCACGCUUGGCAAAGAGAAAGACCACCAGGGCGUUUCACCAGAGGACACCCUCCAGCAGCUCAGUAAGAUUCAGUCGUUCCUGCUGAACCUGAUCGGCAUCAUGGAGGUGGUCAGCAAACAGGACCACAAAGAGCUGCGGUGUUAGCGGAGAAGCAGAGGAGGGAG